AUGUCCCCUGUGCCAGGCUGUGUGAUAGGUUUGGAUGGUUUCAGUACUCUGCGUCGCUCUGGCCUCUCCCUGCUGAACAUGUUAUUGUCAUACGUGUUGGGACAUGCAGGCAGCAGCCGUGUAGAGAAUCUGAGGCGUGUCUCCACUCCCUGUCGUCUGGUGUCAGCUCCGAGCGUUGCCUUCUCCUCCCCGUCCUGUCAUGGCUCUCGGCUGGUCUGUGGAGGUCCAGGGAAGCCUCCGGCGGUGCCGGGAUCAUGCUCCUUGCCCUCGGUGGAGCACGCUAUGAGCAUGUACAGAAGCACGGAGCUGAGGCAUGUUUGUUCCUUGGAAAACAUGGAGCCGUGCACGCAGCCGACGAGGAAUGCAGCCGAGCAAUCAGUCAGCCGGGCCGUCCAGGCCGCCGUCCAUGCCGCCAAGCAUCAGAAACAGAGACCCAAAAGCCUCUGCUCGGUGGGGAACGGAGUACCCGGCACCAAGGCCGACACUGGAGGUCCAACCUCCCUCGGGGGACUUCUGGACCUCCUGAAGCAGCGGUCGGGGCGGAAGCGUGAGCCUUCCGGAGGCUUCCUUGCCCAGGACGGCCCCCCAUGUAAUGGGACCAGGUCCCAUCGGCCGCUCAGUAUGAGCGUCUUGGAUAUAAACCGGCUGAGUGGCGGUCACGGUGCAACGUUCUCCAGGAGGGAGUUCAGCCGCAGCUCCGGCUUCCUGCGCGGUUCCUCCAUCUUUAGCAGUCAGCGGUGGAACGUAUUUGGGGGCAGAACACCGGAGCAGAAGAAGAACCUCUCCUCAUCCCUACGGAAGAGUUUCAGCUUCAGACUGCGCCGUGCCGCGGAGGCCGGGAAGGAGGCCGAUACCUGCGACGGCCGGCUGCGGAGUCGCGGUGAAGACGAUUCUUAUUCGUUGCGCGCGGCGUCAUCGCGGAAAGAUCUGCGGGCUGCGGAGGCUCCGGCCGCAGACCACAAGGAGGGGAGGCAAAGUUUUUGGAGGAUACUUACCAGUCCUUUCCGCAAGAAGGAGUACGCCACCGGGGAUGGCCGGCACAGCAGUGACUGCGGCAAAGCAGCUGAGCCGGUGCUGGUAUCGUGCACAGGAAACAGAGGCCUUCUGGAUUCCUUUGUGAACAGCCAGGAAUGGACUCUGAGCCGCUCGGUGCCGGAACUCAAAGUGGGCAUUGUGGGAAAUCUCUCCAGUGGGAAAUCUGCGUUGGUUCAUCGAUAUCUGACCGGGACGUAUGUUCAGGAAGAGUCACCAGAAGGUGGUCGGUUUAAGAAGGAGAUUGUGGUGGACGGACAGAGUUACCUCCUGCUGAUCAGAGAUGAGGGCGGGCCCCCGGAGAUGCAGUUUGCCACCUGGGUGGACGCCGUCGUCUUUGUCUUCAGCCUGGAGGACGAGAUCAGUUUCCAGACCGUCUUCAAUUACUACGCCCGCCUGUCCAGCUACCGCAACACCGCUGACGUGCCCAUGGUGCUCGUAGGGACACAAGAUGCCAUCAGUGCCACCAACCCGCGAGUGAUCGAUGACGUCCGGGCGCGGAAACUGUCCAAUGACCUGAAGCGCUGCACCUACUACGAGACCUGCGCCACGUACGGCCUGAAUGUGGAGCGCGUCUUCCAGGAUGUGGCUCAGAAGGUUAUUCAUGAGGUGACCCCGGGGUAUGAUUCAUGA